AUGCCUCCUCCGAUCAUCGACGACCCCUCAGACGACGAGUCGACGGGCGGGUCGAUUCCCUUCAAUGAUUCCGCCCAGGCGGUCGAGAACGAUGACGCGGUGGAUGAGGAUGGUGGUGACAAUGACGAGGAGAUGUACGACGUUGAGAAGAUUCUCGAGCAUCAGUUCGUCGCGGGCGGCCAGAUCGUGUUUCGCGUGAAAUGGAAAGGCUACGAGAAGGAAGAGGAACAGACCUGGGAACCGGAAGAGAAUCUGGAGACGGCCGAAGAGGCUCUCAACGAUUACUUCGAGUCUAUCGGUGGCCGGCCACAGCCGCCACAGGCACAAAGGGGGAGAGGAAAGCGGAAAUCGAUGACGAAGGAUGCGACUCCGGUAAAGACGGCGGAGGAGCCAGUCAAGAGACGCCGCAAGUCCAAGGGGGUCACCGAGCCCGUGGAAGACAUCAAGACCGAGACCUCUGACGAAACGGAAGAAGUGGGCGACUGGGUUCCCAAGGGAAAGAGCUGGGAGCACGAGGUGGUUAGCGUGGACACCAUCAUCCGGGACCCAGAUACCAAAUCUUUAUACGCGUACCUCUUCUGGAAGAACGGCAAGAGGUCGAAAGUGUCAAUCCAAACGUGCUAUGCCAAGUGUCCCCUUCAAGUAUGA